AAUAAUGCAUGUGAAUUAACGUAGGAAUUUUUAAAAAAGUGAAAAUAACAAUCAUUCCUCUUAAAUUUGAUGAUUUAUCAUAUAAUAAUUAUCAGUGCAUAAUACCGUAUGAACUUUUAAUUAAAUAUGUAAAUAUUUAAUUAUUAAUCUCCAAACAAAUACUGGAACAUAUGUUUUAUUAUUGUACAGUUUUAAAAGGAUAAUGCAUAUGUAUAUAAAAGUUAAUUAGUGAAAUUUUUUUUUAAGAAAUAAUUAUUUUUAUUGUUUAUAUUUAUAAAAAGAAAACAUGUUUUUUAUAACUUUCGACAUACAACAAACAAUACAAGAUAUUAUGGUUAAAUACAUUGAUGUGGAUUUUACACUAUGGCUGUCCUGGCUUUUAAUGCCAUUACUUAUAACAUUUUUACUUCCACUUAUAAUUGUUUUUCUAUUAUAUUUAACUGCUUUAAUAUUAUACAUAUACCGAUUACACAGAGGAAGAAUUCAAGCUGCUUAUGGAACUGAUUGGAAAAUUGCAGCUCAAUCUGUAGCUGCUGCUGUUUGGGAUGCACACGGAUGGAUUUGGCAUGGGUAUGAAGUUGUAGGUCUUGAAAACAUACCAAAAUCUGAAGCAGCAUUAUUAAUAUUUUACCAUGGAACAAUACCCGUUGAUGUCUACUAUUUUAUCGCAAAAGUAUUAAUAUAUAAUUCAAAACUAAUCUACACAGUAGCAGAUCGUUUCCUUUUUAAAAUUCCGGGUUGGUCUAUUAUUUCCGAUGUCUUGCGUGUAUUACCUGGUACAAUUCAGACAUGCUCAUCCAUUUUGAAAGAAGAAAAUUUACUUGCUAUUUUACCAGGAGGUGUUUAUGAAGCACAAUUUGGAGAUUCUUAUUAUAAACUUUUAUGGAAAAAAAGAAUAGGUUUUGCAAAAGUUGCAUUAGAUGCUAAAGUGAAUAUAAUCCCAAUAUUCACAAGGAAUAUUAGAGAGGCAUUUAGAACAGUAACUUGGAGUCGUAGAAUAUUAUUACGUAUAUAUGCAGCAACAAGAUUCCCUGUUGUUCCAAUUUAUGGUGGUUUUCCUGUAAAGAUGAUAACAUAUGUAGGUAAACCAAUUCCUUAUGAUGAGAAUCUUACACCUGAACAAUUACAAAAAAAGGUCGCUACAGCUGUAGAAAGUUUAAUAAAGGAACAUCAACCGAUACCAGGAAGUAUUACACGGGCAUUGUUAGAAAGAAUUUUUUCUCCAAAGAAGACACACAAAUCAUAGAUUUUAAAAAAGUAUUCAAUUGAAUCUUUUUGAAAAUCAUCCAUACAUGUUACUAUAAGAUAAAAUGUGUACUUCUUAUAAUUUAAUAUAAUUACUAGUCUCUUAUUAGAAUAGAAACAAAUUUUCCUUAUUUUGAAGAUGAAAAUCUUUCAAGAAGUCAUAUCUAUAUAAAAACAAAAAUAUCAGUGUUGGAAUAAUUGAAUGUGAAAUUCAUGUUUAAAUUGGAGGCCUUAAAGAGAGUCCAUCAAAAUAAUAUAUAAUUUUAUAUGUG